UUUUCCAAGAUGGCGGCCUGGGGAAGGAGGCGCGCGGGGCCCGGCAGCUCCAGCGGCGGCGGAGGCGCCGCCAGGGAGAGGGUCUCCUUAUCCGCCACGGACUGUUACAUUGUCCACGAAAUCUACAACGGGGAGAACGCGCAGGACCAGUUCGAAUACGAGCUGGAGCAAGCCCUGGAGGCGCAGUACAAGUACAUCGUGAUCGAGCCCACCCGCAUCGGGGACGAGACGGCCCGUUGGAUCACGGUGGGGAACUGCCUGCACAAAACGGCGGUGCUGGCGGGCACGGCCUGCCUCUUCACCCCUCUGGCUUUCCCCCUGGAUUAUUCCCACUACAUCUCUCUGCCGGCUGGCGUGCUCAGCGUGGCCUGCUGCACCCUCUACGGCAUCUCCUGGCAGUUCGACCCCUGCUGCAAGUACCAGGUGGAGUACAACGCCUACAAACUCUCUCGCCUGCCCUUACACACGCUGACCACCUCCACCCCGGUGGUGCUAGUGAGGAAGGACGAUCUCCACAGGAAGAGACUCCACAACACGAUAGCCCUGGCGGCCCUGGCGUACUGUGUAAAGAAGGUGUACGAACUCUACGCCGUAUGAUUGCGGCCGAGGACGGCGGGAAGGGGCGGGGUGGAGGGGAGAGAAACCCAGCGCUAAAGGUGUAUUAAGGACUCUCCUACAGGAACAAUUCGACUAUUUUUUUUUUCCUCUUGAAGUGGUGCCUGGAAAUCCGUUUUCUUUCGGUUUACCCGAUUAUUAUUAUUAUUAUUAUUGUUGCUUUGGUUAUUAUUAUUUUUUUUUGGGGGGGGAGAAACAAUCACACGUCACACAUCAAGGGAUUCCUGUUAUGUUUUUUUUUUAAUGCCCCAGACCUGCGACGGACGAGCAAUGAAGACAACAGUCGUGGGAUCUCGGGGCAAGGAAAACAAUGCACGGGGUUGGUGGGUCGAUGUUGGUUCCUCCACCCAUCCUCCACCACCCCACUCACCCUUGGGGGUGGUGGGGGGAAACAACAACCCUUAAGUCUCUUGUUUAAUUGUAUUCUACAGAAACCAGCUCAACGAUAUCACUGACCAUUCAUUAAAGGAUGAGAAUUUCCA